CAGAUCACUACUCAAAUAAUCUUAUUUUGGACUAAUAUGUUUUACAUGAAGAAUUAUAUCAAACACAAACAACGUCUGUAUUCAAAGCUUUCUUGCUACACAAGGAAACCUAAAAUCACAAGUUUAUACGGCACAUUACAUUUUCCGCCUCCACAUAUAAAACCAAUGUAUAGAAAUAGCUUUUCAAGAUGAAUGUACUUCACGCCUGUACGUGACUGCUAACCAAAAGAGCUGCAGCCACAUUAGGUUCUGAAAGAAGAAUAGUAUUGUGUAAUAAGCUCAUGUGAUUUAUGAUAUUCUUCGGUUAGGAAGAGAAUGUUUAACCGGGAUAAACGUACCAAUGCAUCGGUUAUGGACACAGUCCCCUAUGUAAGCACACGUCUCAGGAGGAUAAAACUAGGACAACAUCAUUAUUUCAACAUAUAUAAUGUUAUGGUCUCAUUAGGUUGGUUUUUUAUUCGUGUAAAUGUGAUAUGAGUAAUCAUCUUUCGAGUUUGUUAACUCUAGUUAGAGCUGUCUGCGUUUACUUAUGUUAUUCAAUGGUUAAUACUCUAGUCAGAAAGGAAUCUUCCAAGCAAUCUUAUAUUAUAUUCUAAGACAUGCCAACACGUUCCAAGAGAUUGUCCUGAGAUCUAUUCAAUCCCAAACAUGUGUUUGACCUUUGAUGAACAUAAGUAAAUGCAGAUAACUGUGACUUGUGAGUUGUGACAUGUCCCUCUCUUGAUUUUGAAACGAAAAAAACAACAACAGAAGUCUCUUUAUUCUCUCUAAUGGAUGUUUCUUCUUUGGCCUCUCCUCAGGGGGGAUACGAUGUGUUCCCAAGCUUCAGAGGUCCAGACGUCCGUCAAACUUUUCUCAGCCACUUGCUUAAGGAAUUUGAGCGCAAGGGAAUCAAUACUUUCAAAGAUAGUCAGAUCAAGAGAGGCAAAUACAUCAGUCCUGAGCUCAAACAAGCUAUAAGAGAAUCAAGAAUCUGCCUCAUCAUCCUCUCUAAGAACUACGCUUCCUCAAGCUGGACCCUGGGGGAGUUAGUUGAGAUCUUGGAGUCUAGGAAAGCUUCUGGUAAAACGGUAAUGACAGUUUUCUAUGACAUUGACCCGUCUCAUGUAAGAAAACAGAGCGGGGAAUUUGGAAUGGCAUUUAGAAAGACUUGUGAGAGAAAGACAGAACAUCAGAAGCAGAGAUGGAAGCAAGCUUUGACCAAUGUUGCAAGCAUACUCGGAGAAGAUUCACAUAAGUGGGACAAUGAAGCAGAUAUGAUCUCAAAGAUUGCCAAAGAUGUUUCUAACGAGUUGAACUUCACACCAUCAAGGGACUUUGAUUAUUUAGUUGGAAUUGAAGCUCACCUAGCCAAGAUGACUUCACUGUUAUGCCUAGAAUCAGAUGAAACAAGGGUGGUUGGGAUUUGGGGGCCCUUGGGGAUCGGCAAAACAACAAUUGCAAGAGCCAUAUACAAUCAGAUUUCAAGAAGCUUCCAGCGCAGUCUCUUUAUGGAUAAUGUCAAGAGAAGUUACAGAAGUGGUGGUGACUCUGACGAUUAUACUUUAAGGCUGAGGUUGCAAAGAGAGUUUCUUUCCAAGAUUUUAGACCAUAAGGAUAUGGAGAUACACCAUUUAGGUACAGCUCAACAAAGGUUGAAGUACCAGAAAGUUCUUGUUGUUCUUGACAAUGUUGAUAAGCUAGAGCAACUACAAGCUUUGGCGAAUGGACCUCCCUGGUUUGGUAAAGGAAGUAGGAUCAUCGUGACGACAGACAAUAAACAUCUCUUGGAAGCACAUAAGAUCAAGCAUAUAUAUGAAGUGAAAUUCCCAUCUAAAGAUGAAGCUCUGAAGAUUUUCUCUCAGUCUGCUUUUACACAAAAUGCUCCCCCAGAGGGUUAUCUGAACCUUGCUGUUGAAGUAACAGAGCUAACUAGUCAUCUUCCAUUAGGCCUAUGUGUUCUUGGCAAAGCAUUGUGCGGGGAGAGCGUGAGCAUUUGGACUGAUCAACUACCUAUGAUCAAAACCAGUCUCAAUAGGGACAUUGAACAAGUCCUAAUAGUUGGUUACAAUGGAUUAGAUGAUAAAGACAAAGCUAUAUUUCUCCACAUUGCGUGUUUGUUUGAAGGCAAAAGAGUUGAUUGUGUGACACAGUUUCUUGGAAACAGUGGUCUAGAUAUCAAAUAUGGACUUGGUGUUCUUGUCGAAAGAGCUCUCAUUAGUAUACUGAGUGACAAGCUUAUUAUAAUGCACCGUUUGCUAAGACAUAUGGGCAGAGAGAUUGUUCGUAAACGCUCUAUUCAGUUGUCUAUGAGAUGCCGGUUCUUGAUGGGUGCUUGCUACAUGUACCAUGUUGUUGCUGAUAAUAUUGGCACUGGAGCUGUGUUAGGCACAACCAAAGUCUGCCUCACAAAUGAGAAAGCCCUAAGCGGCAUGCAUGAUCACCAAUGUAUACGAUUUUGCAGAGAUAUGGUGGAUAAGGGGAGCAAAUUGGCCAAACUAGUCUGGGAUGGAAUCAGUGUCUUGGUUUUGUCCAUGUUUUGGCUCCUUAGGUGUGCCUUUCUUUCCAUCAUGAGUAUGCCCACUGCUGCAUUUGAACAUCCGUUUUGGAAACUCAAGAAGAGACUUUCCCAUCUGAAACCCAGCAAAGAGGUGAACUGCUGUGUGGACGUUGCAAGGAGCUAGGAGACAUCUCACCAGAUAUCUUGCUCAUGUAAAGUACUUCACAAUGUUAAAACUUUGGCCCCUAGUUUGAUUUGGGACUGAGCUUAUCAGUCGUAUUAUGUGUGUAUUUGACUUAAUGCAAUUUCUGUUUCUGGUCUCUUUUAGAUGCUUCCUCAUAUUUAGUCUUGUAAUAAUCUGCUCGAAGUGUUCAAGGGGAAUACAUAAUAACAGUUUCACUAGUGAUGUACAUGAACAUGAGCAUCACUUUUACAUCUAAAAGUUGGAUAAAAAAAUGGCUGACGAUUAAAUGGGAAACUCACACUAUAGACAGUGUGUGUACAUUGAGGAGAAAGGAGGACAGUGAAGUCCCACCAUGGGGUUGGUGUGACGUCUUUUGAAGUCAGUACUGAACUCUGUGCCACACAAACAAGUAAAGAGAGAUUUGUUUGGUAAACAAAGUAGGUGAAGGAUUAUGAGAUCCACGUCCCAUCAUUCCUUGUAGGCUUCUUCACAUAGUAGUAUUAUACUAUUUUUUAUUAUUGUUUGUUGAUGGCUUGGGGCACCAAAUACUGAAAUUUCAAAGCCUUAAGCAUUCGAUAAAGUGUGUCACAAUAUUCAAACUAAAGAUGACUCCCCUAAGAAACCUAAAUUAAAGGUACUAAAGUGUUUUGGUUUAGCAAAGUACAAAACAAACUGGAUUAUCCUAAACCACUCUGUGAUUCACUUCUUAAUCCUUUUGCCUUUUUUUUCUUCAGCUUCCUAAACAGAGUUGGUUGGUUG